AUGCGCGCGGGCGGGCUCAUCCGAGCACAGGCGGGUUCCGUGGGCGAGCGCGUGCUCUGCGCUUUGGGCGUCCUGGGUGACGGGUCCUCCAGGCCAUCUGCCGCUCCGGGAGAACGUCAGCCUCCGUGUCUUAGGACCCCCCGGGAGCCGCCGCCUCCCAGGCCUCUCUGCUGCUGCAACGCGGGAUCGGCGUCCGUAGAAGGUGGUGGACCCGCAGAAACCUUCUAUGGGUCUGUGAAAGGUUUGGGGUUACUAGGGGUGCAGGGGUACCCUUGGCUCACUGCUGUGACCCUCAUUCAUAAACAGAACAUUCUGAACGAUUUCCUAGCGGUAAAGGAGCGGGCCACGUGGGGCCAGCAUGUGACCUGGAGCAGACGGACCCUGCCCAGGAAGACAGGACACAGGCCCGAGGGAGACACUUUCCAAGAAAACCCCUCUGAGGGCAGCAGGGGCCCGGGGUCAGGAGUCCAGAGCGAGUGUGGCCAACGCCCAGUCUCUGCGCUCGUACCCGACCGGACGGCGGCCUGCGGCAGGGAGGACACGAGGGAGAGAAACCAGCAGAGCCCCCUCGGCCGCCCUCCGUGCCCCACGCCAGCCACAGAGAAGGAAGAAAACCCUGGGAAGAAAGGCGCCUCCCCAAGUGGCUUCACCUGCUGGAAACCCCAGGUUCACGCUCGAAUUCCCCUUCCUCAGACUCCCAAGCGGGCUCGCGCGAGGAGGUGUCCGGCCCGGCCGGCCGUGGGAGGCCCGAGCAGUAGCUCGCCAGGAGCAGAACUGCGCGCAGCCCACCGAGGAGACCCCAUUCCUGUCCAGGGUGACUUCUGGCCGCACUUGUGUGUCCCCCGCAGGCCUCCCCCCACAUGCUGGCCACCUCCCAGGGUAUCUGCAAGGCUCGCUGCUAUGAUCCGUCACUCGUUCACGGCACCACCUCGGCGAGGCCUGCCGAGCCACAACACUGGCUGCUCCUCGCCCGGUUUUCUCCCGUGCUUCCUCCCGACCCGGCUGCCCGGUCCCUCCGUCCAGACGGAAGCUCCCCAAGGACAGAGGCUUCUGUUCACACCGAACCACCAGAGCAGCUCAGCCUCCACCCAGCAGCCGUGCUCAGCAGCCAAACUGUGGAAAGCCUAGAUGUCCAUUGACGGACGAAUGGCUAAAGAUGUGGUGUGUGUGUACACACGGGUGGACGGACGGACACACACCGGAGUAUUACGCACCCAUCGAAAAAAUGAAACAAAACAAAAUUCCGAAAUCUUGCCAUUUGCAACGACGUGGAUGGAACUAGAGGGUAUGACGCGGAGUGGAAUGUCAGUCAGAGAAAGACCAUCCUCACACGGUCUCCCUGACGGGAGGGAUUCGAGCAACAAGACAGGAUCGUGGGGCGGGGAGGGAAAAGUGAAGACGAAACCGGAGAGAGAGAGACAAACCGUAAGAGACUCUUCAUCUCGGGAAACCAGCGGAGCGUUGCUGGAGGGGAGGGGGCGGGGGGCGGCUGGGGGUGGACGUCAGGAUGGACGUCGGGGAGGGCGUGUGCCACGGUGAGUGCUCAGUUGUGUGAGACUGACGACUCACACACCUGUACCCCUGGAACAAAUAACACGUUAUAUGUUAACAAUGAUAAUAAAAAGACGCCACCUACAACCGUGUCAAAGGCUGGAGUACCAGGGACGGGACGUUCCCAGAGAGCUGGCCUCCGGGGAGUGUCGGCUCCCACGGGGAAGGCAUCUGCUGUCCGGUGGUCUGUCCGCCCUUUCCCUGGUUCAGGCGGGGGGCCUCGGAGUCCUUGGAACUCCCCACAGGGUGCGUGGCAGGGAGAACAUUGUUCACAGGAGCCCCGCCACACUGGGGUCGACGCAAGGGGGACGGUCACAGCGCGCACAGGGCCAGUGAUCCCAGGGACGAUGCAGUGACACCGCACAGCCCCUCGACGCAAGCUCAGACGUGCCAGGAGGGUGACCCCCCCCGUGUUCUACAGAGCGUGCGGCGCAGCACCCUGGCACCCCCAGACCUUGCCCAGGGGUCCUGCUUUGUACCCUUUGUAAUCAAACCCAAGGGCAGCACUUCCCAGUGUCCUAGGAGCCAUCCCAUGAGUGCCUGAGCGAGCAGGGUCGGUGCGGGCAUCCGACAGCGUGGCCAGGAGGCCGUGGGGACUCCCCAGCGUGGACCCGUGCAGCUGAGCAGCACCACGAUGCCCCCUGGGGAAGCCCGGGCUGGUCGCCGCUGCCAGAGGCCAGGGCAGUCUGCUGGGGACCGACCCCUUCGGCUGCAGGGCCACGCAGACCUGGGAACACAGCAGCAGACACAGAGCUGUGGGGACCGUGAUGCUGGACAAGCGGCGUGUUCGUCACAGCAAGUCCAGAAACCCGGUGCGUCACAGCGUCGUUCCGAUCCGACUCUAGGCAUAAACAUCUACUGUUUUUAACAGUAAAUUGGCAAACGGCCAAGACUCUCCCGAAGGACAAAGCUGGGCUCUGUCUCUUCCCAGAAACAGAGAAUUACCCCGCGGCGGAAGGACUACCAGCUGCAGCCCUGCGCGCUGCUCCCCCGGGGCCCGUAAUGUGCGCCAACAAGAGGGACAGAUGCCUGGGCCCCCACCCCGGGGGGCAGACUGCUGGCCACCAGCGUGACCGCAUCUUCCCAGGAACCACGGACCCAAGGGUCAGAAGCGCACACACGACUCCCGGGGGCACGGUCGGGAGGGCAGCAGAGGAGGAAAAGGUGACCUCGUACCACGCACUUAACCACAGUUCGGGAUUUCUUCAACGGGACGCCGGAGCGCAAGGCCAGCAGCCGCCUGGGGAACGACUGCCGACACGUGGCGGCGAACAAGGGCCCUGUGUGCCCCGGGAGGAGCAGAGCCCAGGAGAGACGUGGGGGCCCCUGAGCAAAGUGGCGGCCAGGGAGGAAACCCGAGUGGCCCACACGCACACGGAAAGGGACCUGGCCUCCCCAGGCGGCAGUGGGGCAGCCCUACUGCGGUUUGCACAAGGGUGCGGCGGGCAUGGCUCACACUUCCCAGUGGGCCAGAACCUUCCCCCGAGUCAAAAUGCCCAUGGCCAGCACGCGGUGUGGGCACGAGAGCGUGUCAGAGCCGCACGUCACAGACCCAGGACCACAGCCACAGGUCUGGCCCCACAGGCAGCCCAGCUGCAGGCCCAGAGCCCCUGGGGGCGACCCAGCAGGACCCCCUCACCAAGGACGACACAUGCGAAGGGAAACCGCUACUGUUCGGAGCUCUGGGCUCUGGGGGGAGAGCGAGCCACGGCCCAUAGAGGCUGGGUGAAGCGGCGUGAUUUACUCAUUGACAUUUCCACGUGCGGUUGGGAGCACAGGGACUAAGGACAGGGGGACCGUGCGGGAUGCCAGCGGGAGGGGGAACACACACCGGGGUCCACCCCGGACGUGCGCACGCCAGCGUGGACGGGUGCGGCCAAGCAGCACUGUGACGUGGCCGGAGACACCCAGGCUACUUCAGAGCUGUACAACGAAACAUCUAGAAGGUCCCGUGCAAACCCUGCUCCGCGACAUCACAGGGCCUCUGGCUCCAUCUAGGGGUCACCAUCUUCGGACAGGAAGGACUCUGCCUCCCAGCCAUGCAGCACCCUGGCCCACCCAGGACUUGACACACAACCUCAGCGGCCAAGGACGUCUAGGGAGAGUGGCGACAGACCACCUCGGCUGGAGGAGAGCCCUGGGCACGGUUCUUCCCACAGAUCCAACCCAAAAGGACACCAUCUGGAACCGAGGAAAACCUCGAGAUGCAGAAAUGAGCCGGCUGGAAACAGCCCUUCCUGCCUGCCCUGUGCCCAGGGUCUGGCCGCACCCCGAGCCUCGUCUGGGCACCCCAGGUCCCCCCCGCACGCCACGGCCGGUGC